AUGACACGGUUACUGCGGUCUAGCAGCAUGUCUUCAUUAUUCAUUGCGGCUCUCAGCAUUUUCUUCAUUUUCGUUCUCAUUCUCUCUCUCAUCAUGAAUCAUUCCCAUCAACCACAACACAUGAUAACGACAAUGGACACUUUGAACGGCUCACUUUUCGUGGAAGGUGCUGACAUUCCUCUUUACACGGUUAACGUAAAUCCCAAUACCAAUGCAACAGAAAUCAUAACGCAAGACCGGUCCAUCAUUGCUUCCGGAGCUUCAUCCGCAUGUUCCAAUUUGAACACUCAAGCCAUCACUGUUUAUCCAAAUCCUUACAAGUUUCCCGAGCCAGGUUGGAAUUCACUUUAUUUCAAUGGAUACAGUUGUCCAAGGUCAGGAGUAUCAAAUUUUGUUGGUGUAACCGUGUAUCGACUCAUUGCUGGAUAUGACCAUGUCAUCAUGGUGGGAGCUGAAUAUACUGGCAGUGUCGGAAAUAUGACUGUGAAACAGGUAUUGUAUGGAAAAGGAAAUAAUAUAGAUGGAGCAUUAGCCAUUGACAAGUACGACAAUCCAAGAAGUGGGCCUUAUUGGGCGAAUACGACCUAUAACAUCAGAUGGGGUUCUGCUGUUCGACUUCAUCAAAUUGAAGCUUUAUUGAAGAACCGAACAGUGGAAAAUAAUCAGUUUCCAUCAAGAGCCAUGACCUAUGCAGAUUGGAAUAUUCCAACAAUUGAUGAAGUCAAACAUCAUUAUUUCUCUGAGAAUAAUAUUGUACAGAAUAUUCAUGCCUGUUAUUUGAACAGUUUUUUAAUUUUGAAGAAUGGAGAAAUUUAUGGAUUUGGUUCCAAUAGGUUCAAAUCUAUGGGUUUAACGGAUGAAAACUUUAAGGUGAAUUCUCCAACUAGAUUGAGUUCACUAGAGUCUCUUUUAAAGGUCAAUGGUGACUGGGUAGAUGCUCUUUAUUGUGGUUAUUCUUCUGUUGUCAUUAUCACCAAACAAAAAAGGGUGAUUGUUUUUGGACGAAAUGAUGUAAACCAGUUAGGAUUGGGAUUAGAAUAUGCUGGACAAAAUUCAAUCUCACCAAUGGUUCAUCCGUUUUUGACGAAUUACAUUCAACAAACCUCAUCAGUUAAAACUAUUUCAUUUGGUUUAAAUUUCACAGCAGUUCUCUUCCAUGAUGGAUCUGUAUAUUGUGCUGGAUUGAAUUUAAAUCAUCAAUGUGGGUUGGGUAUUAGUGAUACCAUUAUUCACCACUUUACACAAAUUCCAUUACCACUGAAAGUCGUAAAGAUAACAACGACUGCCUAUGCUUUGUUUUUAGGAACAGACUCUGGUGACUUGUAUGUCAAUGGUGCAAACGUGGGAUUUGUUUUAGGAUUGGGCAUUAUGGAUCAAAAUGUGGUAGUCACAACACCAACCAAAAUACCAACUUUGAAAUCAGCUGAUUUUGACCUUUCGACUGGGUAUCAACUCUAUCAUAUCAUUUAUCAAAAUGCAACAGCUGCUUACGCUUGGGGUUCCAAUCAAUUUAAACAAUUAUCAUCUGUACUUACAGUUGGAGGUGAGGUUGUGUUUCCCUCUCCAACCAUUAUUCCAUUCACCUAUAUUGAUCCAUUGUUAAAUGAAGUUAAGAGCAAUAACAAUUGUAGAAUUAUUGAUAACCAAAGCUCUAAUGGAUGUAAUAAUGGAUAUCUAUUGCAACGAGUAGACCAUCAAACCGGAUUUAACACUACUUUUGGUAAAUUUAGAGCUUACUGCAGUAGUUUGGGAGGUUACUAUAACCAUUCAUCAAGAAGUUGUUCUUGCUAUACAAAUUAUAACGGACAUGCAUGUCACGAAUUUGAUACUACUCAAUUCAUUUGCAAUGCAUCAAGUGCUGAUAACUUUGCAAAUAGACCAAACCAAUGUUACUGUGGGGCAGAGGGAUAUUAUGGAGAAAAGUGCCAAUUUUCAGCACCUAUUCGAUCUGUGGUUAGCUUUUCUCGAAGCAAAAUACUUAACAAAUUUUCUGCAAGCCCAAGUUUAUUCGAUUUUUCAAAUUUGAGGAGUGGAACAUCUCACUCAAUGAUGACCUCUCUUUUAAAUAAGCAAAGAGUUUAUGUGUUUGGAUCGAACAAUAAUAUUUAUGGACAAUUUGGUAAUGGUAUUGCAAGUGCAAAUAUGCUAAUGGAUACUAUUCAAAUAUCGGUCUUAUUAGAAAAAUUAGCUUUGAAAAUCAACAGUAAUAUUACCUCUGUAUUUGCAAUGGAUCAACAGUCUGUAGUCCUAUUCAGUGAUGGAUCUCUAUAUCAAACCUCAACUGUUUUUGUGAAUGGGUCAAACAUCCAAUUCCUAGCUAACAAUGUCAAAUCAUUGUUUUGUUCUCAAAUGACAUGUUUUUAUAUCGAUACAAGUGGAGCUCUCUAUGGCGUGUUUGACAAUCAGUUCAAUCAAUUAGGAUUGAGUGACUACAAGACAAGAGGAGCCUUUGAAUCACAACCCGUGAUGGUUUCUCUUUGGAAAAACAAUAUCCAUGGAAAGGUGGCAAGAGUGUAUCCUUCCAACACUUACACUUUGUUUGUCAAUCAAGUAGGAACCGUUUUUGGUAUUGGAGCAAACACUAAUUUCCAACUUGGCCUUGGACACAACAUGAAUAUUAAGGAUUAUAUUGUGCCACUGCUUGUGGACUUGCCAGUUUUUGAUGUGAAAAAUAGUGAGCAGGUUGUAUUCUUACAAUUAAGUAAUUUAAAGUGGUACAUGAUGGGAAAAGAUUUAAUGAAUAUUGACACAAAUGAACAGUAUUUGGCAUAUCCAACAUUUAUGAACAACACAUUGAGUGAUGGAGAAAUUAUUGUUGCCGUUAGAAAUGAUAUUGUCAUUACCAAGAAUAGAAAUGGAAUUUUCACACAAAUUUCUCCAGCCUCAAAAAUUCUCUCUCAAGAAAACAGUACUACUCUUUCUGUGGCAGUCAUGGGAAAUGAUAUUUUAGGUAUUGUUGUUCCAACUAAUGCGAUCAAGAACAAUAACGUGUGCCUAAGAGGAAGUUUCAGUCUUGCCACUGACUCUUGUGUUUGUGAUGAAGGAUAUACAGGAGAAAGUUGCAAUAUUACUUGGUGUGACAAUGAUUGUGCAUUCAAUUAUGGAACCUCUUGUAUUGGUCCUAAUAUUUGUGCUCCUCCUUUAUCAAUCCCAACAACUAUCAACGAAUUGAAUUUGUUUGGACAGCCUAGAUACAUCAGUAGCAAUGGAGAUGCAAGAUCUACCGGCAUAUUCCUAAGUAACGUCACCACAAAUAUAAUUGCUCAUGCUACGGGUGAAACAUUUUCUGUAUUUCUUCAGGAUGAUUUCAAAGCAUAUAGUUUGGGCGAAAAUACAUUUGGAAUGCAUGGAAUUGGAGGUGCAAGUAAGAGACCUUUCAACGGCUUGACGUCAAACAAUAUUUUAUUACUUCCUUUGAGAUAUAGUGGUGAAACAUUCAAAUCUAUCACUUCAGGAAGUAACUUUGUCGUUGUUUUAACAGCGAAUGGAAGAUUGUAUGCUGCUGGAGAUAACACACUCGGUCAAUUAGGUUUAGGAGACACUAUUCCUAGACACUUUUUAACACCUAUUGAUUCUAUAGCAACAUCCAAAAUUGUUGUCAUUUAUUCGUGGGGAGACAAUACCCAUGGUCAAUGUUGCAAUUCUUCCACCACCACCCGACAGAUCACUUUGCCAACACCUGUUGAUUUUUCUCCUUAUGACGUUGUUAAUCAAAAAAUUGUGUUAGGACACAACGCAACAAUAAUUUUCACAAGGGAUGGAGGCGUUAUUGGAUGUGGUAAAGUGCAAAUUCCCUACGAUUAUGGAAACAAGGGAGUUGUAAAGAGAUUGCUGCCAUUCUUCAAUGUGACAUCAACAUUUGAUAUUUCUCAAACUCCUGAAAAAUACCACUCAACAAUGUGUAUUAAGAAUGGAAAAACAUCUGAAACUUGGUACUGCUUUGGUAAAAACAAGAAUGGAUGUGCAGGAUUUGGAAAUGACGUUCCACUUUAUGGUUUAACACCAUCCAUACAUUAUGGAGUGAAGAGUGGUGUAUUUUUCUUUACACAAUCUGCUAGCUUGAACUUUUAUUAUAAUAGUUCAAGUGGACUCACUUAUUUUGGAUCUGGUAGUUUAUUUAACAAACCAGAUAACAUGGGAAGCAUUGUUCCAAUCGAAUGGUUCAAUUCUUUUGGAAAUCUUUUCGAAACAGUUCAAGCCAAUGAUAAGUUUGGAUUUAUUAUCACCAAGAAAAGUCAUUGUUACAAUAGAGGUACUUUUUCAACCUGGGUGAAAUCAGGUUGCUCAUGCAAUACAGGAUUUAAUGGUCCUACUUGUGAAGUUAAUACUUAUCAAGAAAGCACGACAGCAGUAAAUCGAGUGGCUGUCACGUUCCUUGACUACGCAGGCUCUAAGACGACUCAAUAUUUCGACACUUCCAAGUUUGAGCUAUUGGGAAAUUUACCCUAUGGUUUCAAUACUAGUAGAAACAUCUUUACUGCAGCAAUGACUUUCUCUUCCAAACUACCAUCAACAGAAUGGACAGAAUUUAUCUUUUCGAUGAGCUCUUUUUCAUCUGCAAAUGUUACUUUGACUUUUUUACAAUCAGACGAUUCCAUGUUGACACCACCAGUCAAUUUUGUUCUUUCAGUUCCUGGAGAGAGUGACAACUCAGUUUUGAGUAAGAACGUUUCAAAGCUCGUCUCUGAUACACAGGUGAAGGUUAACUGUGUUUACACAGUGAAUGGCAACACAUUGGACACUAAAGUUGAAAAUCAAUGGUUGAAGGUUUAUGUGAAAAUGGAUAAUCAACUUUAUCCUGAUGGUUAUGUCAACGCAACUAGUUAUUUGGAGACUGAACAGAAAAGGCGUAUUCUUAAUGUUUACUCUGUAAACUCUAUCACUCCUAUGAACGUACAAUCCUUCCAGGUGUUGAAUGACUUAUGCUCAGCAGGAAUUUGUUCGAGCGUCAAUGGCAUGAUUUCAGAAAUUAGACUCCACUCUUCCUUUAAUUAUAGUUUGUAUCCCAUCUUCAAUGAUGACGCGUUCAAGAAUGUUCAAGCAUUUAAAAGCAAUUCUAUUAGUUCCAUCCAGUAUCCAAUUCAUCAAACCUUCAACUUUAGAGACAUGUUGAAUUUGAUCGAUCUAUCAAGUAAUAUGAAUUUGGAACAAUCAGCAAGCUAUUUCGACACUAGCGUCAUUUCCUAUCGGAACGAUAUUUUUGUUGAUCUCUCUGAUACCAAGAUUUGUGACAUUCCCUUCGAAGACUAUUUGUUGCAUCCUUCUCAUUAUGAUUUGAGUAACACUAAUAUCUAUUGCAUGCUUCCUUCUUUUAACAAUAGUUGGUGUAAAACUUUAACAUUCAGGAAGCCCAAGCUUGUAUUUACUCAGUUCUUUGAUUCUGCACAGUUAUCCAUACCUUUGGAUAUUUGUAAUGGAUGUUCAAUUUUGAAUUGUUUGGAUUUCUUAACGAUGGACAAAUCAAGACUUUCGUAUUACUUCAACUUUCCAAACGGUACCACAUUGGAGACGAAUGAUUUUGGAUCACUUGUUGUUGAUAGAAAUGAUGAAAGAGUGAACUUACUACUGGACAACUUUAAAGAAAGGCUCUUCCUCGAUUAUGACAUCCAGUAUUUAGAGUUUGGAUUGAUUUACAAAUACGACAGUCUGAUUCCAUCAAAACAGCAACUACGAGGAACAUUGCUAAUUGAAUAUUAUAGAACAUUACCAAACUUCAAAACGUAUCCUUACAUAGUUCAAAGAGAUAGCGACAAUGUCGUCACUCUUGAAAGUAGCUUACUGCCAGACUUUUUGAACUUUAACGACAUUUAUUGCAGUACAGUUUUUGGAAACACUCCCUUAAUUCAAAAUGUAACAGCACCAUCGAUUGGAACUUGCAUCGUACGAAGUGGAGUUGAAGACAACCAAAACAUUACCGUUGAGUUGUACGCUUUUCCUCACAGUAACCUAUCAUCCUACAAAAUUGGAGAGUUUAGAGUUUAUGUUCUGAACUUUACCCUAACUCCUAAUAUUAUACAGAAAUAUUCAACUGUAUAUCCAACCAUAAGUAGUUAUGGUCAAUCCAGUGGUAUGCAAAAUUUCCUUACAAAUGAAAAUUUGGAAUUCCGAGAGAAUGAUGUUGUGGUUUAUCGUGUCAAUACCACAGGUUCAAAUUUGUACAUAAGUUACUUUAACUCACAACCAAUUACCUUAGAUUUGUACAAACAGUCUUUGGGAUUGUUUUUGAACGGAGCUUCUCUCUCACAAAAUUUCACUCAAUUAAUCUACAAUCCUUUUGUAUUGCAGAGAGUGAGUCCGUUGCUCAGUUUUGAUUCCAAUGUUCUAGUUUCAUUGUCAACAGAUAGACCACUUACCACCAACUUGCCAACAUCUCAGAUCCAAUAUCGUUGUUUCAAUACAGCUCGAAAUGAGUCAUUUGUGGCUUCAUAUUCAAACAGCGUAUUCACUUGCAACAUUACUGGAUUAGCUCAAAGAAAUCCCGAGACUUUGGACCUUCGAGUAGAUGCAAAGGUGGACAACUUUAACAAUGGAAAUUGGUUUACCAUCUCCAGUAAUGGGUUAACAUUCUAUCAUGUCACUCGCAAUAUGAACCUCACGUUCACUGCCGACUCCCCUAAACUCAUGUAUCGUAGAUAUGAUGACCCAUUAGCAGCAAGUACAGAGAUCAGCGUUAAACUAUUGAUUCCAUUCCAAAUACCAGAAAGCGAGUUACCAAGAUUCAAAAUAUGCUGGAUGAAUAGCUUUGGCCAGCAAAGUACAGAACGUAAUACCUAUACUCCUGUCAACGUUUUGACCUCUCGUUAUCAUGCUCCAUUCAUUGGAUACAAUGAUGUUUAUAUUUGUGGAGAUGGAAUUUUUUCAACUGUGCCCCUGAAAAUGCUUGUCUUGAACUCGACAUCAUUCGAUAUGAAACCUCUGUUCGGAUUUGAGAACCAACAUUCAUACACAAUGUACAUGUAUCAUUAUGGGCCUUUCUUUUACUCUGACUCUUUGUACAGCAUUUCGUAUGCUUGUGCAUUGAGAUCAUCUCUUGGAAGUAAUGAUUCAAUUUACAGUAACAAUAUUUCAACUAUCAACUAUGGAGGAUACUACAUGACCAAAUGCACCUUCUCGAAUAUUGCCGUUUCUUCUGAUAAAAAGUACUCCUUUUACUUAUUGGCACAGCACCAAGCUAUGAAUUAUACAUAUGGCCUUAUGCUGACUGUUCGGUUUAUAACUCAAAAAACCUUAUAUGCAACAUCACCUUUUGUGACUCAUAUUCCAGCUGAUGGAAUUAUUUCUACGAAUAUGAUUUCAAAUGACUCAGUCCUAUUUACAGCCCUUUCCAAACCACAGCAUUCCGCCUAUAAGCCACAUGUAGAUUGUCUCUUAUUCGAUGUUGGAGCUGCCUUACCAUUCACGUAUGUUCCAUUGAGCAUAAGUCCGGAUGAAAGUCGGUUGAUUUGUGAAUUCAAAACUUUUGACCCUUCAACGAGGUCGGGACCUUUUGAACUUUCUCUAGGUUCAUACAUACCGGAAGAACAGGUAUUAAUUGAAAUUUCUACAAGAGCAGUUCACUACACCUACAAAGAUUGGAUUACUUUUCAAUUCUCAGGAUAUCCAAUUCUUGAGAAAAACAAUUCCAUUACUAUGAAUUUUAACUUGUUACCAACGUACAAACAAGUAACUUUGAAUUACUCUUUGGUCUCUUCUAAUCCAAACAUUACUACCUUAAUUUCUAACUGUGAUUUUACGGGUAGUAGAACAUGUUCAGCAGAUUAUUUGGCUCAAUUCAUGACAGCACCUGUAUUACAGCAAUAUCAAAUUUUGGUUUCGUUAACAAACGGAAAUUUCAUUGUGAAUCAAUUACUUCGAGUUGAAAAAUUUGUAUACAAUCCAAGAAUUGAGAUUAACAAUUACAUACCUUUCAUUUUCGAUUGUACAUUAGGAGAGACAAUUCCAAGUUUGAGAAUUUCAACCAAGUACUAUUUGAGCAGUGAUUUCUCAUACAAGUUAAAGAUUAACACUGACUUGGUACCAGUCAAUGUUUUUGAUGAGAAUACCCAAAGAAUUAUUCAGUCGAACAAUAUUGUAGCUCCUUCAACUCCCACCGAUCUUGUUUCUAGAGUCAUGACAUCAUUUAAUGGUAUUGAUUUUAGUGUGGAUAAUAUUCCCUCCACUAUUUACAUUCGAGAAUUGUACACAGCUCCGAACAUUAUCGUUCAAUCUAACGUGUUACAAAAUUUCACCAUCUCCACCGAUGUCAUGAUCCCACAACCCAUCAAUAAUUCAUAUGCUCUAAAAUUUAUGAAUGUGGCUUAUCCUUGCACUUUUAACCUAAAAACUUUCACAUGUCCCAUUCAACUCUCUUUUUUAGGAGCAGCCUUUUACCAAGAAAAGCUUACUUUAUUAGAUGGCAACACCACCAUUACAAAGAUUGGCCUUCCACUUGUGAUAUUCAAGAAGGUAUCGCUAGACAAUGUACAGCCCACUUUAUUACUUCAAAGUUCGCAACUCAAUACUACAGUUACACUGUCUCAAAAUUUCUUUGAUAAUUUUGAUUCCAAAGAGUUCAAAUUAAGUUGUGCGAUUCAAGAUGGAAAUUAUUCUGCCAUCAGUGUUGGAUCAAAGAGUGUGAAGUGCAAUUUUAAUUCAUUGAAUCUUGGAAGGAAAUCUGUCAAGAUCUAUUUUGAAUCGAGCAACAGGUAUAGAACAGCAAAUCAGCUGUUAGUGAAUGAAGAGGAUGUAUCUAAAGACUUUGAAGUGAUUUCUCCACCAAAAAUUAUGUUAGAUCCACAACUGUCACAAAGUACUUUAUACUACACUUUAGAUACCUAUUCUUUAGUGAAUCUCACCAUCUAUGUGACCAAUACCAAUUUUACACAAGAUGGAACAUUGUAUGAUUUGAGUAAGGAAUUUGGAAUUCUUGGAAAGGACAAACUUAUUGAAUCAAUCCAGUAUCUCGGAAAGGUUGGAAACGAUUACAAAUUCCAAUUAUCGUUUUACCCUUCCAAUGACUAUGAAGGUUAUGUUCCUUUCAGACUUGUUAAAGUAGUGAAAUCUACUGCCUCAACUUCUCGUGCUCUCACACAAGACGAUUACGUAUUGACUCAAGUUUCUGAUCUUGUAUUGACGUUUAUUAGAAAGAUUACAACCACUAGAAGUAUUCCAUCAUUUGGUGUUGAAUCGACUGAGAGAAAUGUUCAAAUUUAUUCAAAUUUCAACUUUUUACUCUUUUCUCCAGAUCCUUCUUUCCAACAAGAUGGAAAAGUAACUUUUAACUGUAAAUAUGAUUACAAACCAAGAGCUGAUGUGAAUAUUUACAAAUACACUUCAGCAGCAUCUAUAUUUAACAAUGAGGCAUUUGAGUGCUUGAUUAAGACACCCGAUGUUGGAGAAGUUCAAAUAGAUUUAUUUGUUUCAAAGGAUGGAACUACUUUACCAUUGAACAUUAAUCCAUUGAAUUAUAUUGUACUUGAUGGACUGUUCUUACAACCAACAUCAUACGGAUUGAGAACUGAAAUCAAUAAUAGACAUGUAUCACCUUUUAAAGUUUCAAAGUAUGCGACACUUUCUGGAAUUGCAAACCUGGACUCGUAUAAUCAAUUCACUGGCAAAAUUUCUCAACCCAACAUUGCAUUCACAUGUGAAAAACAGCCAGUAGUCAAUGAUUUCCCAACACUGAAUUGUACUCUUCCUAUAAUGGAUGUGGCUACCGUUAAUUCAUUCCAAGAAUACGAAAUGAAGCUCUACACAAGCCCUGACAUGUUAUAUGUUUCAAACUUCUCUUUGGGAUGGGUUCCAACAACAUACCUUUAUGUUGAAAAGAUUAGACCAUUAAUCGUUCAAAAAUCUGCACAUAGAAAUGAUUUCAAGAAAUUUAAUGUCACUAUUAACGGUGAUUCAAGAGUUCUUGCAAAUCAACUACCUCAAGGAAACUUUGGAAUUUAUUUAUCUAAUACUGGACUAGCUAUGUUACCAUCGUCUUCAAAAUAUUCCAAUCUUGAGACUCAAUUAGUUGUUCAAACUUCAAGACUUCAAGAAAGUGUUCAACUGCAGUAUGUCAAUUACAAUAUGUUAACUCCAAUUAUUGACAUUCCCUCUCCUGUACAUGUUGCUCAGAAACAGGUGGUUAUUAAUAAUGCAGACAUUGUCAAUCUCAAUUAUGAUCCAAGUAGCAAAAGAGGUUCAAAAUCAACUGACGCAACAGUUAUUCUUUCAAUUACUAAUAAUUUGGCUACUAAUUUCAUGUUAGAAAAUGGAGGGUAUAAUGGUUCUAUUCAAUGUUUCCAAACAGACAAAGGUACUUUCUCUGUAGCGAAUAUCACCUCUGUGACUUCUAGCUUAAUCACCUUCACAUGUUCAGUUACAAAGGGAUUCUUUGAUAAUACACAAAUUUAUAGAAGUUCAUUGGAAGUGUGGUAUCUAAAUGAUAUUGCAGAAAAUGGAGCAAUGAAAAUAUCAUCCAGUGUUCUUUCCUUUUUAUGGCUUCCUUCAAAAUUAAUGCAAAUUGACAAUGUUUCACCCUAUGCAUUUGUGUCAACAAUUGGACCCAUGGAAGUGACUCUCAAUGCCAAUUAUUCAUUUGUACCAAUUUCAGAAGGCUAUUCUUGCUUAUUGAAAAAUCCACAAACUGGACUUACCGAAAGACAAAUUGGUAUUUAUAAGAACAGUAAGACUGUAUCAUGUCCAUUCAAUGUUGGAAAUUUGGUGUCAGGUGUUUUCACCAUUCAAAUUUCGUUUACCAUUGGCUCAAAUGAUGAUAUUCUGACAAACUCUAUGGAGAUUUCUUUCAUUGACCAAUACCAAACUAUUGACUUUAUUCAACCAUUUGUUUCCUAUUAUUUAUCCACAGCAAAAGGUUCUCAAUCAACAAUUUCAUACUCCAUUCCAUUGAACUUUAUUCCUCGUUCACUUUCAUGUAUUUUCCAAGAAGGAGACAUUAUUAGACAAAUUGCAAAGGUUUCCAAUCGUCAAAACAGUUUAUUCGAUUGUUCUUACACAAAUGAUGGAUCCUUCUUGAGUGGAAGUGUUAUGACUUCUCUUGCUAUUGAUUUGGGAGGAAACCAACUUUUAAACAUUUCCUCCAAUGCUGUUGAACUAGUUCUCUACACUCAGAAACUUACAUGGGAAGUACCAACCGUUGUUGAGCAAAUAGAUUUGAACACGAAAUUUCAACUCCACAAUUAUUAUAUUCCUACAUCAAAAACCUAUAAUCUGACUCAAACCAUCGUUGCAGUUCCAUACACUAAAUCUCAAAAGAUUGAUGAUCUAGCUGCUAUUCCAUUAGAAUGUGAUCCAAGUCAACGAUGUAAAUUCGACUCGAUCCAAAACCUUAUUUCCAAAGUUCCUUCCUAUAUGGCCAGUGCCAUUCGAUUCACAAACAAUGUAUCGAACAGGAAAUCGUUUGUUACUGCUGAUGACGUGGUUUUAUUUGUACCAAAAUCAGAAUUUAACAUCUCACAUAUAUCUCCCUUCGUGGCUGAUUAUCGAUAUGCGAAUGGAGUGGAUCAACAAUUCUUGUUCGCAAGUACAAGUCUCAACGCUGAAGAUUUCCAAAUUAUGUGUGAAUACGGAACCACAAAGGCCAACAUGACAAAAGACCAAAAGUGUGUGAUUAAACCUCAACGAGAUGUAGGAGGCAACCCAUUGAAAGGAAAUAGAAACGUCAUCUUGACAUGGAUGGGCAGAAAUUUAUACAGUACAAAGACUUUCUUUGUGACAUUUAAUGAGUCUUUCACCAUGGAUCCUGUAAUUUCUUUCUUUGAGCAUCCAACAUCAAUACCAUUGAAUUCAUAUCUUCCAGUUCCAUUUACCGGAAGUUUUGAUGGAUACAUUUUUGAAAUUGGUAUUUAUGAUAAGCAAAGAUUGAUUGGAAAAGCUCCUUGUACUCAACCAACAUUGGAAAAUCCAUAUCUAAACUGCACUAAACCUCACUUCGAUUACAAGACAGCUAAGGCCAUUACCACAAUUCCUCAAUUACUCAUCAACUCUCAAUUGGCAUUUAGAUUAAGAGGUGAUUUGAUUUUAUACAACAAGCCAACUGCAACAUUGAAAAGAAAUUACAUCGUGAUGGAUACCAAAAUCUCUUUGGACAUUUCAGGUUCAUAUUUCUACAGUAGAGAUGUUGUCACUUUGAGUUUGAGUAAGAAUUUAGUCAAAUUGGAUUUCCCUGCGAGAUGGAUGAGCUCUUCACUUGUCACUGUUGAUAAUGUGUUGAUUCCUUCACCAACAUCCACAGCCUCAUUUAGUGCCAAAUUAGUUUUUGGAUCUGGUGCUACAGUUUCUCUUCCAUCCAUCUACCCCUACGAUCCUUCCUUGAUCACCAUUGACUCGUUUUUGAUUAUAAAUUCCCAAAAGGAUAAGGAUCUAUUUGUUGUUUCAGCAGAUACUCAAAGAACAAUGGACAUUGCAUUGAAUACUUCCAAUGCUGUCAUUAAUUCAUUUUCUUGUAAGGUCAAGUUUGAUGAUGGUACGAUAUCAUCCGUGUUAGAUGGUACAAUUUAUGAAGGACGUUUCAUUGAGACUUUAACACCAUUGAUGUGGUAUCAUGAUUUGAUCUUCCCUCGAAUUAUUUCCUUCUCAGUCUCAAUUGAUGAUGGAUUUACAUUUAUCACUUCUCCAUCAGCAAAGUUUUCAAUGAUUGAGGGAACCAUCCACAACAUUCAGCUUUCCAAUUAUUUAUUCUAUUCGGAUGGAUUUAAUACUGUACAGAUCACAAACGCUGGUUUCAGUUCCACCAUGAUGGAGCUUUCUCUUCUGAAAGCAAAGACCUCUGGUACCUUGAAACAAGAUGUUAUUUCCAUGAAAUGUACUAAUCAGGGACUUUGCAAGUUGGAUUGGUCUCAAGUUGUAUUCACUAAUAGUUUUGAUGUUGAAUUUUAUGAAUUUGAUCGGUUGAGAGUUGAGAAAAUGGCUUCCUCGAAAAUUUUCAAUUUGGCACAGAAGGUUAUCUUAUUGAACAAGAAUAUGAAAUCGAAACAAAUUCCAAUUACUCUGUCACACAAGCAAAUUCAACAAGGAGCAAGUACGGCAUUAAGUAUUUCGUUGCCUGCAUCUCUAUCGAACGGAAUACUAUCGAACAUUCCCAAUGUUUACUUGCAAAUUUCAUGUCCAGAUAUUGAUGGUUCUGUACUUGUAACCUCGAUUCAAUGGACAUCACCCACUACUUUCAUAGCUACUCUUGAUCAUGUUCCAGUCGUACAGUUUGUCUCGACAUUGACCAUUUUCUCAAUUUCAUUUGAUGCCCUGAACUACAUUGCAGUAGCCAACGAUGGAAACAACAAAUUGACCAUGUACCAACAAUUUAGCUUUACCAUUACUAAUCAAUAUCAAAAAUCUAAAGCAUCCACCUUUGCCAGUACACCAUUCAAAAUCACCUUCCUGAAUGCCUUACCAAUUGAUGACAGUCUUCCAAUCAAAUUUAAAAUUUCAUCCUCGAAUUAUCCUCAAUUUUUCACACCUUACUUUGGAACUGCCACUCGAGCUGUGGUCAACACGAAUGCAAGAUCUACUUCAAUGAUAUCUCAACUAUCCUUAACAGCUCCAGCAGUGUCAUCAUUGUUAACUGUAGAUAAGAGUAUGGUUCGUUUCCCAUCCACACUUAGUCUUGGCAUUUCUAUUCUUGGUGAUGAUCAAUAUGUCUCUAAUGAGCUUGUAUAUGACGAUUCGAUUGCUGACCCUCCAGUCAUUGUCAGUGUGGUUCCUAUGGACUUGCCAAUUUUGGAUGAAAUGAUCAGAAUGGAUAUUAAGGCAUCCUCAAUCUAUCCAAACAACACUUUUUGCAUUUUCAGACCUUUCAGAGACUCCAAUGACACCUAUGUGAUCAGUGCCAAUUUCAUUGACGAGUUCUCUAUCAGUUGCUCAGUGAACACUCAACUAUUAGUUUCAACAUUGCGUCUUGAAAAUUCUUUGGAAGCUGUUCUAUCCUUAAAAUCUAAUUUGGAUGAAAGUAGAGAAAGUGUUAACAUUCCUCUUUACAAACAAAUCAGAAUUGAUUCGUUCACUCCAUUGCAAGGUCUUACUACAGGUCAAUUCCAAUCUACAUUUUACGGAAACUUCCCAAUACAUCCGAAAGAAGAAGUAUAUCUUGCAUCAGGCAGAAUGAAAUUCCGUGCCAAGUUUGGAUCUCGAGAAACAGUCGCCUGCUCUCGAAUUUCAUCCACCAUUGUGACAUGCAACGGUACCUCUAACCCUGUUUCUGAAGUCGAUGUCUUUCUCUCAAGAAAUACUGUGAACUUUGUUAAAGCAGCCAACAAGUUCACCUAUAUUGGAUGUGGACCUGGAUAUGAACAAGCAUCAUUCGCUGAAUUAUGUAAACCAUGUCAACCAGGGUUCUACAAGAAUUACACUGGUGGACCUUGUAUUGCAUGUGAUGUUGGACAUUACACAUCGACUUUUGGCUCCACAUAUUGCACAAAAUGUCCUUCACUUCAAACCACUCAAACUACAGGAGCUGUUUCCGUAACUCAAUGUGGAUGUCCUUCUUCCAAAUAUUAUUAUAACGUUUUCAAUGCUCGAUGUGAAUCAUGUCCAAAAGGAGCAACAUGUUCAUUCUUCAAUACGACCUACCCAACUGCACAAGCAGGUUAUUGGCACUCAAAUGCAUCUGGUUACAAUCCUUACAACUUUUAUGAAUGCAUUCCAAGUAGCUCGUGUGGUGAAGGCCAAUUUGAAAAUUGUACUGAAGGUUAUACAGGAUUUGUAUGUGGAUUAUGUCAAGAAGGAUAUUAUAGAAAUUCAAGAUCUUGUCAAAAGUGUUCAGCAUUGGCUCCUCUCUUUUUGGCCAUCCUCAUUGGAGGUGUUGCAGUGAUUGCUGUCAUUUUCUUUAUGAUUUCUUCAGUUAAGGUUCAUCACAUUUCCUCACUCUCGAUUGCUCUCUUCUUCUUCCAAGUGAAUAGUAUGUGGACAAAGUUUGAUAUAGAAUUACCAACAGAGAUUUCAGGACUUUUUGCAGCAUCUGCUGCUUCUACGUUCAACUUUGAUUUUAUUCAAUUCCAAUGUGUGUUUCCAAUUGGAUUUGUUCCUCAAUGGAUUUUGAAGAUGUGUAUUCCAAUCAUGUUAUUGGCCUUGUUUGUGUUUUUAUAUGGAUUGGGAGAAUUAAGAAAUUUGUUUGCCAAAUUUGUUGGACAAAAAAUUCCAUGGAAGAAAUGGGACGUCACUUCACUUUAUAAUGAACUCAUCCAACGCAAUGAGGAAGAAGCUAAACUUGAAUCCAAACUCAAUUCAAAUUCUUGA